UCGCGUGGUGCCGCGGUCCGCGCCGCUGUGGAUCAGACGCCGAGUUGAUUCAACAAGAAGGAACUCAGUGAGUGCUGCAACUACGGACUGAAUCAUGGCAGAGGAAGUAAUGGACAUCUUUGGGAAUAGCACCGUUUUUCGUGGGCUUCUACCUUUCUUCGGUCUUCUGUUUUGCGUCUGCACCGGUGUGGGGGCCAAUGAGGUCCUGGUUCCAGAGCAUGUGACCGCUGUACUGGGAAAGAACGUCACAUUGACCUGUAAGGUGAUGGUGAGCACCAACCUCAGCCUGACGCAGAGUUCCUGGGAGCGCCGGCUGCCCUCGGGCACUUUCACUUUGGCCGUCUUCAACCCACAGUACGGGAUCUCCAUAGCUGACAAGUACAGCAAUCGGGUGCACUUCCUCAAGCCUUCAGUGCAUGAUGUGUCCAUUAUCCUGGAGGGUGUGGGCUUUGCAGACAUUGGGAUGUACACAUGCAAAGUGGUGACCUUCCAACUUGGAAACAUGCAGGCCUCUACGAAAGUGGACAUUAUGGUGGAGCCCAAAGUCUAUGUGUCUCCCGGCUCUUUGUCUCUGCUGGCUGGAGAUGGUGAAACUCUAGUGGCCACCUGCACAGCUGAACGGGGUCGCCCGGCAUCGGAGGUCCUCUGGUUGUCAGAAGUGGACGGCCAGACAGACGUCAUGACGCACGAGGAGACCGAUGGCACCACCACCACUUUAGCUCAUUUCAUCUGGGCCCCCACCCGUGAGGGGUUCGGCAGUGCCCUCAGCUGCAUCGUCCGUCACCCGGCCCUAUCCACAGAAUUCCGCAUCCCAUAUCAGCUCAACGUACUGUUUCGUCCAGAUGUUGUGGUGGUGGGCCUUCAGGAGGUGUGGUAUGUGGGACAAGAAAAUGUAAAGUUGGACUGUAAAGCCUCUGCCAACCCACCUGCUCAUGUCUUCCUCUGGACCAGGUUAGACGCCCCAAUGCCUGCAGGUGUGGACACAUCUAAUGGCAGCCUAAUGUUUACACGGCCUUUAGAGCAAAACGACUCCGGACAAUACAGGUGUGAAGUUCUGAACGAUGUUGGGCAGAGCUUUCAAGAUGUUCGCGUCUUGAUAAUAGAACCACCACCAACCACUGCGAUCCCCACCACCCAGUCCAACUUGCCCAAAAGCAGCUUAACCAUCACAGCUCCUGUCAAACAACAAGCCCAUUUCACCUUCCCAAGUGAAGCUUCCACACCAGACAGCAGUCUGGGUACGGUUGUGGGUGGUGCCAUCGGCGGGAUCCUGGUUUUGGUGUUGCUGAUGGCACUGGCGGGAGUCGUCUACAUGCGUCAGCGGCGAACGUUCCGAGGCGACUACUACACCAAGCAGUACAUAGGCCCGUCCGACAUGCAGAAAGAGUCGCAGUUGGAUGUGCUUGAACCGCAUGAGCUCCGGGACGUGUACGGAGACGAUUCGGGCAACGGCAGCCAAGAACUAAAGCCCAAAAUCGACGGAGACAUUAUUUAUCCCGAUUACGGCAGUGACCAUAAAGACAUGGAGGGCUGGAGCGACAAUCUUAGCCUUCAGAGAGAGGGAACGUAUUACUCAGACCACCACAACCAUCACAACGUGAACCCCAGCGGGCCACCUCUGCACAACGGCUCCCCCUACCUGCAGGACGAGUGCUGCGAUAAUGGCACGGACAGCGAUUACGUGUCGCACGUAGACGGCUCUGUGAUUUCACGCAGGGAGUGGUAUGUUUGAAAACAAGGGGGUCAAGGAACUUUGGACAAUGCGUAAUUUAAAUUGAACGGAGAACGUAUUAUUUAACUCGGGUGUACAUUAUGAACAAAAAAAAAAUAUUUUACUCCGAGCUCCAGGUUUUUCGAUUUCAUCCUCAUGUUUUAUACGACGCGAACGGCUGUAAUUUACUGCAAAUACAUGUACGUUUUGGAUGAUUUUGUCGCGUGUAUUUCUGUGAGACUAUAGGAUGUAAAGAGAGGGGUUUACAUGGUUUAUGAUCACAGGGUGGACUUACACAAAGAAGUCUGCCAAAAAUAAAGCUGCACUCCGUGAGUAACCGUUCCAGUUACCACAUUGCACAUGACUGUUAGCUUUACAACCAGGUGCAGUAUAUUCUUGGUCCUGUCCUCUCUCGCUGUUUUUCUUGACAUUUACAGCAUAUGACUUCUCCAGUAAUCGGAGCAAUGGAUCACUUUAGUUUCAUGUCAAUAUGAGUUUGAAAGGCGUAUAGUCAGAGUCUUAUGUUUUGACUGCAGGGAAUCCUUUUGCAUAGGAUAUACACGGUGCAGAAAUCAUUUUCUUAAUCGGUAUUUUUGUGUUUUUAAUCAUGAUAUCUAAAGAUUCUCAAAAUGAGGUAUUUUUUUCUAUCACUUAAAAAAUACAAAAUGUAAGCAUAAAAACACAUCAUGACUUUUUCUACAACAUUGGCAAAUGUUUUUUCUUGUCUUAGGCAUGAAUCAUAAUUUAGUGAGGCUUAUGAUUAUAACAAGAUAAAAUAUAUCUUGUUUUGAGAAUAUAUAUUCGUACUGUAAAAUAAGGCAAAAAUACAAAUUAAGAACAUGAUUGCAAAAAAUGAAUUUCUUACUCAAUAUUUUUAUCUUGGUUUUCAGAACAAAAAUGUAAAUAUCCUUAAAUCAAGAUCCAUUUAAAAUAAUUCAAAAAAAUGAAGCGAUCUUAAUGCCAGUGGGGUCCGAAAAAUAAACUAUUGCCUUUUAAUUAAGUUGAUUUCUCUUUCCCCAUUUUCUUGUUAUAAGCAUAAAACUUAAUUAAUUUUGAAUUAAGUAAAAAACAACCAAAAAACAACACAUUGUAUCUUAAGUCAUUUUGCUUCUCAACUAUGUAUCUUGAUAUAAAGGAAGAGUUUACCUAAAAAGAUGAUGUCAUCAUUUACUCACCCUCUUGUCAUUUUAUACACAAAACACAAAAGAUAUUUUGAAGAAUGUUGGUACCCAAAAACCACUGGUCCCCAUUGGCUUCUAUUGUAUGGACACAAAACCAAUGCAAGUAAAUAGGGGCUUUCGCACCGCAGGAACGAUUUCAUAGUUCCCUGGACGAUUUGCUGGAAGUACCCGCUUUUUGUUGUUUUCGCACCGCAGGAACCGGCCGGAAUUUUAGUUGGGGAGAACCUUUUUGGAGGAACACUUUAGCUCCUUCUCUGAGCUAGGGUCUAAACCAGCAGGAUAGGAACGAACCGUGACGUAAGCAAACGCUGAUUGGCCGAACACAGUACCGAUCAAAGCAUCCUCCAUCAUUAUGUUGUUUGUCGUUGUUCGACGGAUGCGCCUAAAUGACGUCGCUGUCGACCGGCUUAUGUCACAAAAUUGUUCCUUUUGCUGGUGCGAAUGUGAUCGGGGAAAUGGCCUGAUGGAAAACUUAGCUUUACUCGUUUCGAAACUUUGUUCCUGAACUUAUCUGGUCUGAAAGCGCCUAUAGGGGACCAACGGUUUUCUGUUACCAGCAUUUUUCAAAAUAUCUUCUUUUGUGUUCUGCAGAAGAAAGAAAGUCAUACAGGUUUGAAAUGUCAAGAGGGUGAGUAAAUGAUGACAGAAUUUUCAAUUUUGGGUGAACUAUCCCUUUAAGAACUCUUAGAUAUACUGCAUGUACUGGAAAACAAGACAAACAUACCGAGUAAGAAAUUCAUGUUUGCAGUUUAUUUAUGUACAUGAGUAGAAAUACAGCACGGAUUACUCUACGGUUUAUUUUUAACCCAGCUGCUCUAUAUUUUGACGCAUUUCAACACACACCCUUCUCAUAGUAAUCUCCUUUUCACCAGUGUUUAAGUUAGAGCGCAAUCAGACUGCUUCUGAAAGGGCGGUUUAAUGUGGCUGUAUUGAAGACCUGUCGUGGGGUGAGGGGACGGUUGACGUCCGCUGUGACAGAUCAAAAUAACCACGGUCUGCCCCUUAGGUUUCACCGAAGCCUUGCGGCAUCUGACAAUUUAGAGCACCCCUUUUAAUUUUACGCUGAUUUCUAAUUUCACUCCAUCUCUCCACCCUUGCUACUCCCAAUGCUUCAGAUUUCCCAGAAUAAACUGUCUGGCUCGCAUCUGCUGCACGCCUCAGCUCAAAGAUCUAACUUUAUAAUUAAUAUUUUCUGUCCUCCUGCAAACGGCGCUCAUUUCACCGGAUCUCGGAGAAGUCCAGAGCAUCUGUCCGUGAGCACGCGAGAUUGUUUUUCCUCUAUAGGUCCCGAUGGACGUGUGUAACAUGCCUGUUGAACAAGAUAUGCCAGUUGCAAUUGCUUUGAUUCAUUGUUCAUAAAUCUGCUGCGUUGUUUCCUCAGCUGCGUUCUUCCUAUAUAGUGUUCAAGAAAAAAAAAUCAGUUCCUUGUCUUUAAAUUAUUUGGGGCAAUUAACAAAAAUGUAGUCUUAUCUCAUACAUGGUGUGCUGGAGUUUAACAGUUUUUGUUUAGUUUUUAAUAGAUUGCAGACUCAUGCUUGUAACUUUAUUAGUGCUUUACAUAAUGGAGUUACGGAAAAACUGACUACAAGCGUUUCUUUCUUGCUUACUUUUGUAUAAAGUAUAUAUUCACAAGCAUAGUGCCUUUGGCAGAACAAAAACCAUUAGAUGUUUAGUCUGUCACUAUUCAGUGAAGACAUGCUUCUCUUGUAUUCCUCAAGUGCUGUUUGAGUUUGUCAUUGUCUCAAAAGUUUUUUAUUCUUGUUGCAAGUUUGAAAGCACCUGAAAUUUGAGAUCUCUCUGGAAAUUUGAAGCUUUUAGCGCUUUCAAGUGUUCAUGUUGGCCAGUUGCAGUACAUAUUACUAUUUGUAAAUAUUUUGCUGGGAGAUAUUUGUCUAUGAAAUAAACAUAUUUUUAUAUGAGUCUUGAAAACAUUCAAAUGUUCAUGUUUUGUUAUGCUUUUUUUCUUCUCAUGAUCUUUUUUAUAUUUAGUUCUCAGGAGUUUAAACGAUUAUUUUGUAUUAUGUUAGAGUUAUUCAGAUGUACGUACGACUUAUUUUGGACAUAAGGGAUGGAUGUUGCUUUGUUUUUGAUGCCUUCUGUUUAUAA